CCAAUAAAUGACGCAAAGGGAAAAAAAGAAAUUCAGAUCGGAUUCUUCCGCUUCCCUUUCAGAUUAUUGCUUCCAAAGGUACCAGUUUCUUGCAAAAUCAAUUAUACGAACUUGAAUUUGUUCGUGUUGGAAAUUGAUAAGUUGUAAUUUUUUUUCUGGGAAUUAUUAGUUUAGGAUUUGAGAACAGAAUCUUAAGGUUUAAGGAUCCUUCAGCUUAGCUUGGCCGAGAGGAUACGGUUGGGAAUGCUGAAAGAUGUGUUUUUUAAGCGUUGAGAAAUCAGGAAUUUCUGACGUUAAUUAUAAUUAUUGUGUUGUGGAUUUGAUUGGGGAAAACUUUUUUAAUUUUGAUGAGAUUGGUUGUAUGUUUGGUGUGAGUAAUGAUCCGAUUAAUAUUUGUUUAAGAAUGUUUUAUGAUUGUGAAGACGGUUGAGCGUGUUCACUUGUGAAAAUAUAGUAAGGAAAUUUAGAUUUUGGAGUUCUGUUGUGAAUUAAGUAGUUAUUUGUUAAGUUAAAUUGAGGUUUGGUGUGGGGCGGGAUGGAACAGAAACCGAGUGUCUUGACAGAGAGAUAUGAAAUUGGGAGACUUCUGGGGCAAGGAACGUUUGCCAAGGUUUAUUAUGGGAGGAGUAUUAGAACAAAUCAAAGCGUGGCAAUUAAAAUGAUAGAUAAGGAAAAGAUUAUUAGAGUUGGACUUAUUGAUCAGAUCAAACGAGAAAUAUCUGUGAUGAGAAUUGUUCGACACCCUAAUGUUGUGCAGCUGUAUGAGGUUUUGGCCACCAAGAGUAAGAUAUAUUUUGUGCUGGAGUAUGCUAAAGGUGGUGAAUUGUUUAACAAGGUGGCUAAAGGGAAGUUGAAGGAGGAUGUUGCAAGGAAAUAUUUCCAACAGCUUAUUAAUGCAGUUGAUUUCUUUCACAGUAGAGGUGUCUAUCACCGGGAUAUAAAGCCGGAGAAUUUAUUGUUGGAUGAGAAUGAGAAUUUAAAGAUUUCUGAUUUUGGAUUAAGUGCGCUUGCUGACUGCAAGCGUCAAGAUGGAUUGCUCCACACAACUUGUGGUACUCCUGCUUAUGUUGCACCUGAAGUGAUUAACAGGAAAGGCUAUGAUGGUGAAAAGGCUGAUAUUUGGUCUUGUGGAGUGGUUUUGUAUGUCCUAUUGGCAGGUUAUCUCCCAUUUCAUGACUCAAAUUUGAUGGAGAUGUAUAGGAAAAUUGGCAAGGCCGACUUUAGAUGCCCUUCUUGGUUUCCUCCAGAAGUACGAAGGCUACUGUGCAAAAUAUUGGAUCCAAACCCCAGUACUAGGAUCUCAAUAUCAAAGAUUAGGGAGAAUUCUUGGUUCAGAAAAGGAUUGAAUCCCAAGCAGAACAAAAGUGAAUCAAAAAACAAGGAUGUAGUUCCUCAAGACGUGGGUACUUCUGGUCCUCAAGAGAAUGGUAAUAUGACUGCACAGGUAAAGCAAGAGUUGCUCCAACUUCGCAACUUGAAUGCUUUUGAUAUUAUUUCUCUUUCUGCUGGGUUUGACCUGACUGGGUUUUUUGAAGAAAACCCUCAAAAGAGAGAAGCAAGAUUUACUUCCAAACAACCUGCAUCAAUUAUCAUCUCUAAGCUGGAAGAAAUUGCUAAAUUUCUGAGGCUCAAGUUGAUGAAGAAGGAGAGAGGUUUGUUGAAAUUGGAAGGACUAAGGGAAGGUAAGAAGGGUGUCUUGUCCAUUGAUGCAGAGAUAUUUCAGUUAACUCCAAAUUUUCAUCUGGUAGAGAUGAAGAAAUCUAAUGGGGAUACACUGGAAUAUCAGAAGAUGAUGAAAGAGGGUAUUAGGCCUGGUCUCCAAGAUAUCGUUUGGGUUUGGGAGGGUGAGCACCAGCAACAACAAACAGAGCAGUUAGAGCAACAGCAAUAACCACAAGAACUAUAGCAGCAGCGGCUGUUACAAUUUUUUCAUUCUUCUCUCAUUGCCAGAUGGUACUUAUGUUUGUACGUUUUCAGUUGAUUUCAUAACUUAAUGUUGCCCUUGUAAGUGUGAUGUCUCCAUCUCUAUGAAUUUGAUGUUUCUGUAUACAUGAUCAAGGACUCAUCACGCAUAUUACACAAAUCUUGUAAAUUUAUUCUGGUUUAAUACAAUUAGAGGGAUUAUCCACUGA